AUGACCAUCCAAUCAAUAAAACAACACACAACUCCUCUGAACAAGCCUCCAAGGAAAACCAUUAAAAGUAGCAAUAGCAGCAUGAAUUCAUUUCGAUCUAAAGGUUCCAAGAAUUGUCCAGCGUGCUUCAAGAAGAAAAUCAAAUGUAAUCACCUUCAAGAAUUGUGUGCAAAGACUGGUAACUUUAAAACUCCAAUGAAUGGAUACUUUAAUCGUAUUCUCUUUGAUAGUUUUAAAUUUGAUCCAAAGGAUAGAGCAAAACUAGAUGCAAUAAUUAUCAAUCAGGUGAAUAACUUUACCAGGAAUAUAUCGCCUCAAGCUUGUGCGAAUGCAGAUGUAUACAAGGAUGAAUUGCAAAAGACCUUUUAUGAUCCCAUUAUAAAACAAUUUGAAAAGAUUGCUAUUGAAAGGGUAGAAGUAAAAGAUGAUAUUUCAAUCAGUAGUGAAGAAGACUCCAGUAAUGGUCGUGGUAACAACGAUGAUGAUAUUUCUCCACAACUGUCAAUUGUUGACAGUGUGCUUUAUUCAAAGAGUGCACAGAUUUCACAACCAAGUAUGGUUCAGACACUAACUCAAUCCAAAGGGAAGCUGGUAAGAAUUAAAAUUGGAGAAUUCACAGAAAUUAAAACUUGUUACCUAUCAUUGGAGAACUUUUCAAAUGUGAAUACAUUGAAACAAGCAAUUGAAACAGCUUGCAACUUUCGCCCAAUUGAUAUCAAGUAUGAAUCUUUUUACGAUCGAAAAUUACCUGUUUGUGAUGGAUAUUUGCUUGAUUGCCUGAAAACCAAAUUUACUAAUUCACCUCCAUCUCAAUUAGUUCUUCACUGUACAAUAUAA